AUGACUGUAGUCGCUGUAGUCUGCUUAUUGAAUCAGGGGCGGAUCUUGUUGGACGUAGUGUAUAAACACUUGGAGCUGACAGAGCGAGACUAUUUUGGCCUUCAACUUGCAGACGACUCUUCUGACAGCCAGAGGUGGCUGGACCCAAACAAACCUAUUAGAAAACAGCUCAAAAGGCCGUCUCCACAUAAUCUGAGGUUUAGAGUGAAGUUUUUCGUGAGUGACCCUAGUAAACUACAAGAAGAGUACACAAGGUAUUUGUACUUUUUGCAACUGAAGCAGGAUAUUCUGAGUGGCAGACUUCCUUGCCCACAAAAUACUGCAGUUCUUCUGGCUUCUUAUGCUGUUCAGGCUGAGCUGGGGGACUACAGUCACUCCGAACAUUUGCCUGGGUACCUCUCCGAGUACAGCUUCAUUCCCAACCCACCGCAGGACUUUGAGAAAGAGGUUGCCAAACUUCACCAAGAGCACAAUGGACUCAUACCAGCUCAGUCCGAGUUUAACUACUUGAAUGCUGCACAGACGCUGGAGCUGUAUGGCGUGGAAUUGCACUAUGCUCUGUUUUGCUCACGACUUGGUAGGACAGAGGUGCAGUCUGUACAGUACGGAAAGGAAAGAGGCAACAAGAACAGAGUUUUUGCAAGGUCGCCGAGCAAGCCUCUGGUCAGAAGACUGAUGAGCGGUUUGGACUGGGAGACCGUCAGCAGGAAUUCCCUCUCGGACGACCGGCUGGAGACUCAGAGUCUGCCGAACCGUUCUCCACCAGACUCGCCCGAUCACAGUAACUCAGUGCUCACCACAGACGGGGUGCGGGUCAGGCCUUCCUCCAUUGGCCACCUAGUUGAUCACGUGAUCGAUGACUCGCCAUGCCAGACGUUCACCAAUCACAAGUCUGCGUCCUCCACACAGGCCAACAGCAUCAGCCUGGACUCGACACCGUCUCCUGAUGUGACGACAGACGAGCAGCCACCAGCUCUGCCCCCAAAACAGUCCAGAAGAGACCCUCUGACCCACAACGGCAGAUCCCAGUCUCAGCACGAGCUGGCCGAGCACCUCAGCGAACUAUACAAUGUACCUGCGGCGUCAGGAAAGAGCAUGAAUGGAGCUGUGCCUCAUGAUAAUCUUGUUCUGAUUAAAAUGAGGCCGGAUGAAAACGGGCGAUUUGGAUUUAACGUUAAGGGUGGCGCUGAUCAGAGGAUGCCCAUCAUAGUGUCCCGUGUGGCUCCAGGAACUCCGGCUGAUAUGUGUAUGCCGCGCCUCAACGAGGGCGACCAGGUGGUGCUGAUUAACGGUCGUGAUAUCUCAGAGCACAUUCACGAUGACGUGGUUAUGCUAAUUAAGGCCAGCUGUGAGGACCAAUCAGGAGAGCUCAUCCUGCUCGUCAGGCCCAAUGCCAUCUAUGACGUGGAUGAGGAGCAGGAGAAGUUGGAUCUGGAGCCAGAUUUCCAGUAUAUUCCGGAGACAUCCGGUCUGGAGCUGAGCCACUCAGAGGCCGAUAGUUUGAGAUACUCCAUUCAGCUGCUGAGAGAUGGGCUGUCCAGCGGUACUGUGGCUGCACAGUUUGAUCAACUGUACAGGAAACGUCCUGGGAUGUCCAUGUCAUGUGCCAGAUUGCCACAAAAUGUCUCCAAAAACCGCUAUCGGGACAUUUCACCAUAUGACACCACUCGAGUUGUGUUGAAGGGGACUGAAGAUUAUAUCAAUGCAAAUUUCAUUCAUAUGGAAAUCCCAGGUAAAGGUGAAGUAAAGCGGUAUAUCGCCUGUCAAGGGCCUCUUCCUGGGACCUGCUCUGACUUCUGGCAGAUGGUGUGGGAACAGAGCGCCGCCCUAGUGGUCAUGCUCACGACACAAGUUGAACGUGGCAGGGUGAAAUGUCAUCAAUACUGGCCAAAUGUUUCGGCAAGUGGCACCUAUGGAGGCUUUCAGGUUACAUGUGUGUCAGAGGAAGGGAACUCAGCAUACCUGCUCAGAGAUUUGAUGCUUACACACUUGGAGAGUAAAGAAGAAAGGCAGAUUUGUCAGAUGCAGUACUUGGCAUGGCCCGAUCAUGGCGUUCCAGAGGAUUCGUCAGACUUCUUGAACUUUGUCAGUCAAGUACGCAGCAAAAGAGCGGAUGCAUCAGAACCUGUAGUGGUUCAUUGCAGCGCUGGGAUUGGUCGCACCGGGGUGCUUAUCACCAUGGAGACAGCGAUGUGUUUGAUAGAAACUGGUCAGUCGGUGUAUCCUUUGGACAUCGUCAGAACCAUGAGAGACCAGCGUGCCAUGAUGAUCCAGACUCCUAGCCAGUACCGUUUUGUCUGUGAAGCGAUUCUGAAAGUUUACGAUGAGGAGAUCGUAAAGCCGUGCGAGACUGAGCCUCCGGUCGAAAAGGAAGAAUGAACGCCGUCCUUCAACAUUUCGGAGGUUCUUCUGUGAUUUUCAACUACUGCCAGUGAGAUCUGCGCUCAGCUCGCUGUCGCCCCCUGCUGGAAGGCAGCGGACAUGACUGCCUGCAAGCUAGAAUACAGACGAAAAAGCACUAUUGCACUUUACAGCGACAAACAAUGACUUAAGGAUUUUUUGUAAAAAAACAAACAAACUAAAUAUCAGGUUACUGAUGAGUUUAGGUACUCUUAAUAAUGUUAAUUAUUUGGGUUAGAGAAAGAAAUUUGCUUUUGCUUUUGUGCCAAAAGCUGAAAUGAUCCACAGUCCAUGUCAGAAUUAACUCUUGCAACUAACGACAGCACGUUUUUUGUUUUAUUUAUUUGUUUUGGGGGAUUUUUAACAGUGAACUUGAAAGCAACAGGUGCUCGGCCCAUUCUCUUCCCUUUUCCCGACUGUGACUGUAAUUGUUUUAAUGUUUAUGUUUGAAACAAGUUAAAAUCGUUAACAUACUUUUUUUUUUAAUUGUUGAACAAAAACAAAGCUUUUAACGAUACACAUUUAAUUAGUUUUUACCCUGGCGCUUUAAAGAUAGUCUUUUGUAAAGUACUUUCGUUACUUGAUAAAGUUUCCAUGGUAGUUCUCUCUAAAUUUAGCGAAAUUAACAGGCCACCAGCUGCGUUGAAAAUGAGCCAUGGUAAAGAUGUUUCUUGCUGCCAAAUUUCACAGCUGUUUGCCUCUAAAACUGAUUGGUGUGUCGCUUUGGCUAAUCGAUAUUUAUUGCAAGGCUACGUGUAGUAGCUACGUAACGGCUGGCAUUUGUAUCGUUGAAUAUGCAUCAGGCAGCUGUUCUUCUUUCAGAUCCAUGUUUUCCGGAUCUUUGAAGCAUUUUAUUUAGAAAAUAAAGCUGUGAAUUUCACAUUAGCUUCGUUGGCGUAAACUGGAUUCUCAAUUGAUAAGUAUGGAUGCAAAUUAAAAGUUUAAUGUACGAUUUAGUCUAGCGUUCUCUCUGGUUAGCGUAAAGAUCAUCACAUAUUCACAAUUACCAAUUUUCUUCCAUGUUUACGAUCAAAUUUUCAAAACUUCUACUGUAAGAAACCGAUUAUCUUCAGAUUUUAGUUGUUCAUCUUGUAUGAAUAGUUUUGUGUUUUUCGUUGAGAAAAAGUAUCUGCUCCACUCUCUGAAGAUACCGGUUUAAAUUCUGCUUAUGAUUGGUUAUGCUUAUCCAUAUCUCCUCUUCUCUAAAUCGUUACCUGCAAUAUACUCAAAAGGUGGUCAUAGUUCAUUUAGUUCUUGCUUUGACUGUAGAGAUGAUGGCAUUUACAGAGCUCAUUGGGCGCUUUAAUGUUUUAUUCACUGCAAGUGCAAAAUUUAACGAUCAAUACAUUUAACGCAUUUUUAGUUUUUAGGUUAUAAUUUUCUGCAUUCUGAAAAGAAAAGAUAUGUAAGAAUUAUGGAGCAAAACGUUUUUAAUAUGACACUCCGGACCAUCGUAAUUGUUUGCGAAUGUUUUUAUGAACAUUUCCCCCUUACAAUGUUUUGCGGUGCCAUUGCACAAAUGAUUUGGCAUUAAGGACCAAUCACGCCCACCGUUUUGAAUGUGAGACGAUUUUGCUUCAGUGUACGUCAUGAUAGCGCAGCAGCUAGAAAUUUACUACCGAUUUUGCGUCGGAAGUGGUGGUAUUUUUGUAUUU